GGAUCGUCUUAUUGGUUGAGCUCUUACAUCACUGGCACCAAUGGCAAACAGUAUCUUGCCAUCUCCCACGUUUUGACCCAGCAAGAUCAGGACACCAGGUGUCGAUCUUCGAUCCUGGAUCUCAAGACCCUUGACUACUGGGUUGAGCUCACCUAUUGCACUCCCCAAGCCAAGGCCGCAACUGCUCUCGAAAAGGCCUCUCCUCUUAAUCUCGACUAUGGAACUUAUGGAUUCAAGGCCACUUCAGACGAUGGCAUUUCCAAAAUGACUGCAUUUGCGGAAACCUCGAACUAUUCCAUUGACAUCAGCUGGGAAGCCACUUCCAAAGUAAUGCUCAAUGGUGGUGGUGGCAUCAUUGGCUUUGGAACUGCUAAUGCAACUCAUUGGGGGAUUCCUUCUAGCAAAACAGAGGGAAGCCUCACUAUCGGAGACGAGGUUGUCAAGGUCGAUUCCAAGAACUCUUUCACCUGGUACGAUCGACAGCUGUCUUAUGGAGUACCCAAGAACUGGACUUGGUUCCAAGUCAACUUUCCGGGAACCGCAAUCAAGGCGAGCAUCUGGGCAUUCGACACCGAUACCACAAGCAAGCAAUUUGCCACCAUCCGGGUCGAUGAGUCGAUUCAUGUCCUAGCCUUUACCUUGACCCCGGACAUGACAAACACGUGGACCUCUCCCAACACCAACCUUGUGUAUCCUCUUGCCUGGAGACUCGACUUCGACAAUGGCGACUAUCUCAAGGUCAAAUCUGUCCGUGCAGAUCAGGAAAUGUAUGGCUCCAGGAAAAUCGACGACUCCGCUUACGAGGGUUUUGUUACUGUUGCUGGACGAUUCAUGGGACAGAAGAAGGGAUUUGGAGUGGUUGAGUUGGUUACUGUUUAUCAGUAA